ACUGUGAGUUUUAAUGGUUUCCGUCAGCAUCUGUGUAGACAGUAUUUGCAACUGAUCUAGAGUUGCAACUAGAAAAAAAAAACAAUAUAAGGGCUGACAGCGGUGAUAAAGGAGAUAACAUCCAGGAGAACAGGGCAGCAGGAAAUCACCAUAUCACUUCAGAUAAAGCUUCAGGGAAACAUCUGAACAGAAGAAAGUGGCAAAAGAAUUGAAAGAAGAAAUUGAAAGUUUUCUUUUUGAUGCGUACAGAGAAACGUUGCUGAGGACCAACUGAUCUGCGGUUAUCCUGACAAGAAGUGAAAAAACCAGCAACAAUCUGGAGGAGGAACGGCAAGAGGUCCAAAGGGCCACACAGCACAAUUUCUCCAUGAGUCUGAGCAGCACUCUCGAGAAGGGGGCCCACCAUCAAGCCUUGGACCUUUCUGAGGAGCUGCCGCCUCACCUCCAUCACCACGCCAAUCACCAACAUCAUCUCCACCAUUCCAAUUCCCUGGCCUCCACCACGGCCAUGGGCGGAGGUAGAGAAACCCCCUCGCGGGUGGUCAUACCUCCUCCGUAUUCUGCAGCCGAGAGUGGAGCCGGGGGAAGCGAGGCUCCGCUGGAACUCCGUGGGUCGCUGGACUGCUGGGCCUGCUCGGUAUUGGUGACAGCCCAGAACCUAGUGAUUGCUGCCAUCAACGCCUGCCUCGCCGCCGUGGUGUUCGGCACAAUCCUGACCCCGGCCAUCGUCAUGGUUGUUUUCGGCUUCCUGUGUCACUCUACGGUUCGCCCCCAGGAAACCUCCUACUGCUCAGACCUGCUGACCGAUGGAGGCUGCGUGGCCUUGCUGGUGGUGGGCUUCCUCCUGGUCACCCCUCUGCUGGUCCUGGCGUUGGCUGCGUACUGCCGCCUAGCCCGACACCUCCAGCUGGGCCUGUGCUUCAUCCCGUACAGCCGGGCUGUGUACAAGAACCUGCCGCCCACCCAGCAUCGCGGCCUGGGCACCGGCUGCUGCGGUGGCAGAGACGGAGGCGAGAGCGGCGGGAAGGGAAAGGUCUGGGUGUGAGAGAGGAGAAGGAUGACACAUGAAAGGGAAGCAGGAUGAAGGUUGAGCAGAAUGAUUCGGAAACAGAAGAAAACAAAAGCAACUCCAGAGAAUGUCUGAUGUUUCAUCGAAGCAGAACAAUAAUUGGUACAGGAGGUCAGUUGCAGGUGUGUGUGGAGGAUAUACUUCAGUUUUUCCAUUGAUAUCAUCCCAAUAAUUACAUUUCCUUUAACUGAAACUUCUCUUUGGUAAAUUAAUUAUUAAAAGUAAAGAUUAUGCUUCACUUAACGAAUACUGUCAGUUUGCGGUUGAUGAAACUACAGGUUCAAAAUAAAGCAACAGCUUAAAAGAAAGAAGCAGAUGUUAGACAAUUUGAUCUAAAACCACCAUAAUAAGACAUGCAGCCAUCUGUGACUUUCCUGAAUAAAUCACAGGAAAGAGGAAAUCUGAAAAUAGCGCUGCGUGAUGACACAAAACAUAUUUGUCUCUUAUCACAUUUGCAUCACCAUGGAAAACUUGUACUUGUGAGGCGUAGUUUAUUGUUUAGUUUUGUGACCUUUGCUUGCGUCGUUUCCUUUUUUUUUAAUAAAUAAAGUUUUGGAUUUUUCACAA